GCCGCGUGUCGGCGUCCGGCCACCGCCAGUAGUUAAACGGCUGCCAUUAAAAGCGACGCGCGCCGCCCCAGCUAGCUAGCUGCUGACCCCUGGGGUUUCCCGCCUCCGCCCUUUUAAACGCCUCCGCCGCCUCCCGCGGCAGUCGGCAGAGGAGCACACGGCGACGCUUCCGCUGCUGCAGCUUCGACGAUGGCGACGGACGGUGGGUGCUCGGCGCCGGCAGCGUCGCGGAAGGGGACGACGCCGGUCCGGAGCCACAGCGAGGCGGAGCGCAAGCGGCGGCAGCGCAUCAACGCCCACCUCGCCACGCUCCGCACGCUCGUCCCCUCGGCUUCCCGGAUGGACAAGGCGGCGUUGCUGGGCGAGGUGGUGCGGCACGUACGGGAGCUGCGUGGCAGGGCGGACGACGCGACGGAGGGCCUGGCCGUCGUCCCGGGCGAGGGCGACGAGGUCGGCGUCGAGGAGGACCGCAGCUGGCUCCGACGGCCUGACGACGACGACGACGAGUCCCGGUGGCAGCGGCGCGUCCGGGCGUGGGUGUGCUGCGCCGACCGCCCCGGGCUCAUGUCCGACCUGGGCCGCGCCGUCCGCUCCGUCGGCAGCGCGCGCCCCGUCCGCGCCGAGAUCGCCACCGUCGGCGGCAGGACCCGCAGCGUCCUGGAGCUGGACUACCACCACGUCUGCGACCACGACGCGACGGCCACGGACAAGGACAGGGCGGUGGCGCUCUCCACCCUGCGCGCUGCUCUGCGCACCGUGCUGCUCAACCGGGACGAGCUCCUCGCCACCGCCUCCGCCGCCGACGCGGAGGGAUACAAACGGCCACGCCUCUCCAGUCUAGUGUAGCGUUCGAUCUCCCGCCGGUGGCGGCAAAACGGAGGGAAACAAUACCGCGCCCGUCGAUACGCUCGAUCCACAGUGCCAUGCUUUGCCAGUUUCGUGUUGCUACAUGCUAAGCUUUUGACCGUACGUGCUGUUUCGCCUGCCAUGGUCGGUCGGCACUUGUACUUGCAGCUAGUGGCGCAUAUGGUUAAGUAGACCUGUCAGGUUUACACUGUUGGGGCCGUUGAAUUUUGCGGCUUGCCUCGUGUGCGUGCACUGUUGCGUGCUGUCCAUCGGUAGUUCAGAAUAGGGCGAGCAUGAACUGAUCGAUGCUGCUAGUACCGUUGCUACUGUUUGCAGACCACCACCACUAUUUCGUCUUAAUAUUGGUCGAGCAAGAAAUUAAA